CUCCAACCACUCUCCCAACGGGCUCUGUUGAUGACCCACAUCCGUGGCAUGAGCGGUUUGACAUCACGGAGGAUCGACCUGUCUACAAAAGGUACAUGACUAUGUAUGACCGUGUUGUCACAUUCACCCCCGACAAUGGCGAGCCCCACUGCCUGCACUACGACGUGGUGGGCCACCCAAGCUGCAGCUUCUGUUUCGCGGUGGCGCUGCCGUUCCACCCUGCCACGGAGACGACACUCGCACAGGUUACAGUGGUCCGGGAAUAUGCCCAGGGCCCCAACCGCCUGAUGUACUGCUUCCCCUCGGGGGGGUUUGAUCCUCGGAAACACGGCAGUCUGCGGCAGUGCGCGGAGGCGGAGAUGGCGGAGGAGGGCAUGUUAGUGGGCGGUGAGGUGGUGUCUCUACUGCCCGAAGACCACCCCGGCCAGAGCGAACUGAAGUGGAGCCGCAACACCUUCAAACCCUUCCUCAUGAUAGACCCUAAGGAGUUUCGGAAGCUGAUUGCCGAGGGUCAAGUGAUGUUGCCCAGUGUGUUUGCGUUCUUCCUUGCACAGGACGUCCUUCAGGAGCGCCGGCUCAUUUGA